UUCUCUCUCACUUCGUCCAGGCGGGACCUGCCUCCUCCUCAAACUUGCCGCCUCCAGGCCCGCCAUUCUCCUAAACGAUCAGCAUACCCUCCUCAUAUAAUCCUAAUAUCGUAAAUAUAGCCGUCUUCCAACCGUGCAAUCACUCCUAGGCGGCAAAUCCAGGAGAAUGUCCUUCUUCAGCAGGAAGAAGCAUGCUGCACAACCCAGCAACCCGCCAGUGAUCACUCAGCCCCCUGCACCACAGCCAGCACCUGUGCAGCAGCAGCGAUCGAUAGCCAACCAGAGCAGUUAUGACAGUGGUCUGAAUGGCAGAGGCAGUCCUUCACUUGGCCCCAACGCUCCCAUACAGCAACGACAGCAGCAACAACAGCGCGGUGGAAGCCCGAAUCAACCUGGAAGCUCGAAUGGUUCGGCACAACCGAGCCCAUCACAACUGCAGAGCACGUCUCAACCGCUGCAGCAACAACAGCAGGCGACUCAGCAGCCACCGCAAGGCCAGCCUGGCCAAUCACAGCAAGCACCACCGCAACAGACACCACCACAGCAACGAGCUGCAUACCCUUGGUCACAACGUCGACUGAUCCUUCCGCCUCCCGUCAUCCUUCCGAAGCCAGGCGCUGCCUCGCCAACAGCCCGUAUCCGCUGA